GCAUAUCAUCAUGAAAGAGACCAAUAUAACCUUGUUAGUCCAAAAACAGACCGAAAGAGGAAAGAGGCCGAAGAAAAUAUGUAGUUUUGACUUACAGAGUGAGAGAGCUAUGUCUGCUUCCUUUGCUCUGGUUAUUUAGGUGUUUACUGCUUAUGAUCAAACUCCCUUUACCUCCCUGCCUUACCCUACCAACUGAACUACUAAUCUAAUUAUCAGCUAUUCUACAGCUCUAAAGGAAGAAAGGGAUCUCCUUUGAUUGGAGACUACAGAGACUGAGAGGAAAAAAAUUAACAUCUAAGAAAAAGGAACCUGGCCUCUUUUUCCUAAGCAUCAUAGAACUUGCAGUAUUUGGAAUAAUGGCAGCUGAACCAGUUAAUGUGAAUGACUUCCAAGUGUUGGCCAAGCAAGUCCUUCCAAAGAUGUACUAUGAUUUCUAUGCUGGGGGAGCUGAGGACGAGCACACUCUAAGAGAGAAUAUUGAAGCAUUUCAUAGAAUCACUUUUCGGCCGAGAGUUCUUGUUGAUGUGAGCAGAAUCGAUAUGUCGACUAAUGUAUUGGGUUACAAAAUCUCAGCACCCAUUAUGAUUGCUCCGACAGCUUUGCAUAAGCUGGCGCACCCUGAAGGUGAGGUUGCCACAGCAAGAGCUGCGGCCUCAUGUAACACCAUAAUGAUUUUAUCCUACACGUCUACCUGCACGGUGGAGGAGGUUGCCGCGAGCUGCAAUGCCAUUCGGUUUUUUCAAUUAUAUGUAUACAAAAGACGAGAUAUAUCAGCUCAGCUGGUGCAGAGAGCUGAGAGAAAUGGCUACAAGGCUAUUGUCUUGACUGGAGAUGUUCCAAGGCUUGGUCGAAGAGAGGCAGACAUAAAAAAUAAAAUGGUGGCACCUCAAUUGAAGAACUUUGAAGGUCUCUUGUCAACUGAAGUUGUCUCUGAUGAUGGCUCAAACCUGGAAGCAUUUGCCAAAAAAACUUUUGAUGCUUCUUUUUCUUGGAAGGACAUAGGAUGGUUGAGGUCUGUGACAAAAUUGCCAAUUCUGAUCAAGGGUAUACUCACUCAUGAAGAUGCAAUAAAGGCUGUGGAAGUAGGUGUUGACGGGAUCGUUGUGUCUAAUCAUGGAGCUCGCCAGCUAGAUCAUAGUCCAGCAACAAUUUCUGUUCUCGAAGAGGUGGUUCAUGCCGUUGCUGGGAAAGUUCCUGUUCUAUUUGAUGGGGGAGUGAGGCGAGGAACAGAUGUUUUCAAGGCAUUAGCCCUUGGUGCACAAGCUGUCCUAGUUGGAAGGCCUGUUGUCUUUGGGUUAGCAGCAAAGGGGGAACAUGGGGUGAGACAAGUUGUUACUAUGCUCAAGGAUGAACUUGAACUCACCAUGGCGCUGUCCGGCUGCCCGAGUGUGAAAGACAUUACCAGGAGCCAUGUGAGAACAGAACUUGAGAAACUCAAGUCCAUGCUCUAAUUUACUUUUCAGAGUUUGGAGCAAAAACUUAUUCUGCAGAUGAAUGAUUUACAUCGUCAAUAAUGCAGCAAAGUAUGCUAGUCCUUAUAAGACAAUCUUCUGUGGCAUGAUGGACCAUUCAGUGAGCAUUGGGAACAUCUUGGAUCUGUAUCAUGUGUGUACUUGUAAAUUAAAUGGUUAUUUCUCACUGGAAA